GGGUGAUUGCCUGGCUACGGUGCAGAUUUUCAAUCAAUGCGAGCCAAAAAUAGGUGGACAAGUCCCAUCCUCGCACGGGUGGCUGGUUAUUGAGGGGCCACGGGCGACACUCCGUUGCUGUGGCAGGGGAUCGCAGUGGACCCGGCGCUGCCUGAACAACCUAAAGAUGCAGCAUCCAUCACCCACACUUUCCGGUGUCCAAACCGGCUUGCUCGAGUGAGGCGAACCCGGCAGAAAUUACUACAAGAAGAAGUUUUCCAGGAACACGUAAGUGUGCUUUUAUCCGCCCAGGGUCAUGUUCGUUGAGCUACUGUGUACUUGCAAGCGCUAUCGACCACUACUAACAUCUACUUCUACCGCUUUUAGUAAUCUGUUGAUCGCCGCCGCAAAGCCGUCGCAUAAAACCGGUCCUCAACAGAUCGUACGAUUAGACUGGUCACAGUCUCCCGCUGCGGUAGUGACAUAUUCCGACGUAUAUCUUCGAUAUUCUGUCCUGUCAUAUCUGAAGGGCGCGCUAUAGCCCUAGCCUUGACAAUGAAGCUCUUCGGGUGGAUCUCGGCAGCAUUCCUCGCUUCGACUGUUCUUUCGAUAGAAACGACACCAGCUCCAUCAAUUGACACUAUACCAUUCUAUCCACCCCGCAAUGCGGACUCGGGACGGAGGGCCUUUGAAGUACUACAACUAUUAAGGAAACGGGGCGAUAACUGUCCUUCUGGAUAUGAUUCUUGCACAAACCUAGGCUAUUCGGAUAUAUGCUGUGCCGACGGUAGCAGGUGCACCCGCGACGCCGCUGACAACGUCGCCUGUUGCCCGACUGGAGCAAGCUGUACGGGCACGCUCUCAGAAACCGGAAACGCGGGGGGAGGUGCAACUAGCAGCUUCCGAUUCCCCCAGACAGCGACGGCUACACAGACUACGGAUGGGACGAGCGUGACUCUCACGGGCUCUACAAUUGCCGGGGCAUAUCCCUUUGUCAAUAUUCCGACAUCAUUUGCCAACGCGCGUGUUUGCACAUCAUAUUACUCUCUAUGUCAGAGCGAGUAUACUGGUUGUCUUUCGCAGCUCGGAGGAGGCUAUGCUGUGACUGUGGCUGCAGAAGGGGGAGGUGUCACUCGCGCUGGUGGAGGAGCUUCUGCAGCUAUAUCAACAUGCUCUAGUCUGAGUAUGGAGGCAUGUCACGGCCUCAGCAUUGGUUACUGCGGCAGUUACAGUACUGAUGUCUACGAGAACCGGGGAACGAUGCCCAGUCGGAGUUCCAGUCUUGAGGACCUUUUCUUUGGCAUGUUCAUUGGACUUGCCGGGAUGUUCCUAUGAAGCUACGACCAAGCUUGAUUUUCAUGUGGAUAUGCAUGUAUGAGAUAUGGACAUACGCUCGCUCAAAUGACGUGAACAAUUUUUUCGAAGUUAACAAUGACCACUGCGACACUCAAGCGACAACUACCUCGGUUGAGAAUGCCCAUCCUUUGGGUAGCUGAAAAAAAUGACGGAAUGUAUCUAUGAAGUGAUUGAUGAUGGGCGAUAGUCAGGCAGCUAUCAGUAUAAUGAGUCUCAUGAUUUUGUGGCGUUCUGUAUAUAACAAGAGCAUCUAGAUUAGCAAUAACAAUGAAGGAAAUUGAAUGAUCGGAUUAUGAUGGCUUCCCUAUUUGGAAGUUUGUACAGUGAGCUUGUUGCUCAGAAAUACACAAGAGAGAUGCAGGUUGACGACCAGGGUGCUGCAUCCAUGGCGCCUCACCACCACAUCAUUAUUAGGGUUCACCAUGUAGCAGAGUAUUUAUG